AAUCCUCUGCGCUUCGUCCAUACCGGCGUGGGUGCGGUUUGAAGCGCGUGGCCGCGCCUUUCAGGCUCCCGUCGCAGCUCCAUGCACGAGACGCUGAUGACGUGCUUUUCCUGGCGCUGGCUACGGAAGCCGAGCGAGGGACACGGUCGGUAACGCGGCGGUGCCUGUGGGUCUCCACCCGAGAGCAUGGCGGCCGCGGAUGUGUCGGUGCGCAGAAGAAGCGGGGACAUGAAACCACAGUUAAGGGACUGCUUUCUCUAAACUUCACACAUCCUGCUUCUUUAAAGACAAUCUCGAGAUUCCGGGUGCAGCUUUGUUAGCUUAGCUAAAACCGCAUCUAAUGUUAGUUAGCCGGAUGAUUUAGGACGCUGAGCUCAGCUAAUGAAACAGCCGGAAAACCUGCAACCGCCUGGACCAGUGUUUACCGGACAGAACCGCGGUGCCAGUGUUUACCCGACAGAACCGCGGUGCCAGUGUUUACCGGACAGAACCGCGGUACCAGUGUUUACCGGAAAGAACCGGUGUUUACCGGACAGAACCGCGGUGCCAGUGUUUACCGGACAGAACCGCGGUACCAGGGUUUACCCGCGGUACCAGGGUUUACCGGACAGAACCAGUGUUUUCCGGACAGACCCGCGAUAAUGCACCGCUUCUUCCCCGUUUCCUUGCGCGGACUCCGCGCCUUUGUGCGCCGCUUGUUUACUUCUCCUAGCUAAAAGCAAGAAGGCGCCAGGAGCAGCAUGGGACUCGCUCCGUCACUGUAGCUAAUCCUCCGUUUAUUACGCGUGUUAAAUGACGAAUACCGGGUGCUAGUGCACGUUUUCUGUUGUUCCCCCUCCCGUUAACGGUGUGUUACGAGCUAUGCGUGAGUACAAAGUGGUGGUGUUGGGCAGCGGCGGCGUGGGCAAGUCCGCCCUCACCGUGCAGUUCGUCACCGGCACCUUCAUAGAGAAGUAUGACCCGACCAUAGAAGACUUCUACCGCAAGGAGAUAGAAGUGGACUCGUCGCCAUCGGUGCUCGAGAUCCUGGACACGGCCGGCACGGAACAGUUCGCCUCCAUGCGCGAUCUGUACAUCAAGAACGGCCAGGGCUUCAUCCUGGUGUACAGCCUGGUGAACCAGCAGAGCUUCCAGGACAUCAAGCCCAUGAGGGACCAAAUCAUCCGUGUGAAAAGGUAUGAGAAGGUGCCGGUGAUCCUGGUGGGCAAUAAGGUGGAUCUGGAGAGUGAGCGGGAGGUGUCGGUGAGCGAGGGUCAGGCUCUGGCUGAGGAAUGGGGCUGCCCCUUUAUCGAGACCUCAGCCAAGAGUAAGACCAUGGUGGACGAACUGUUUGCCGAAAUCGUCCGACAGAUGGACUACGCAGCGCAACCUGACAAAGACGAUCCCUGCUGCUCCUCCUGCAAUAUACAAUAACCCUCCAGCAUGAGGGCUCACACAAACACACACACACACGGACACUUCACACACUGCACAUACAUGCACAAAACAUGCAGGCACAGUCAUAGACAUUUACAAAAUACUCAUCAAUUUCAGUAGAUGUUCUUUCUGCUAAAUCAGUUUUCUCAUAGUGGAAUUCAUUCUGGCGUAAUGUCCGAAUGAGGAGAUCACUUUACCUGACUGACUCACAGAGAAGUGCACUGGCCUUACGAGUGAGUGCCCUGUUUCCAAAUGGAGCUUAGUGUACACUACUCUUCAGGUUUGUUAACACUAUUUAGCCAUUGUUUCUUUUCCCAUAAGUUCUUUUCACUGUUGAUCUUUUGAUUGAAGAUGUGUUUCUAAUCAUGUAACUUAGACAGAGCUCUUAUAGUUGAGGGAUUGACCUCCACCACCUCAACCAUUAAACAUUAAUAACAGAUUGAUUAGUAGGAACAAAUAGAAUGAAACACCCACUUCAACACUACAGGAAAAAAAAAAAAACAUUUUAAACACCUCCUUUCCCUAUUUGGUCUCAAUUAUUGGAAUUGUAGACGAUUCUGGGUUUUUUUGUUUGUUUUUGUUUUUUCUUGAGAAUAAGUGUGAUAUUGUGUACCAGUUGUGUGUUUUCGUUCUGAGAUAUGAUGACAAGAAUCCAGAAAACCUCCAGAAAGCACCAGGCCUCUUUCAGUUUCUGUGCAGUUUUUAUCAUCCAGCAUAUGCUUCUGAGUUUGGGUUAAACAUUCUUCACAUGGUGCCAUCAAACUCUAAUCCAGUUCUAGCGUUUCACAAAAAAAAGGUGCACAGGGAGACAACCAAUUUCAAACAGUAAUGAAAAUCAUUGAUGUUGAUGCUGGUAGUCUAAACACAGAUAUGGAUGUUGUCAGUUCCACUCUGCCUCCUACUUCCUGUGGGCCUGUGGACUGUGUUCAUGGCCAGAAAACUGAACAGCCUGAAGCAGAUUUAAAGAGUUUGAGCCAAAACGACGAUCACUUCGGUCAGACCAGAGCGGCAAGGUGCUGUGUACUCAUUGUUGAUUUUAUAUUUUUUUAUGUGAACAUUUACUCUGUCCUUCCUGAAUGAAUGGUGACACUCUUUCAUUUGGCACCACAAUAAAGUGUGUUCAACACA